AUGUUUAAACAAGCGGCUCUCUCGGCGGAAACGGUAACGGCGGAUGAAACUGCAAGUACAUGUACUAGUGAGAAAUUGCCUUCAACGGUGAGCGUGAGUUACCGUGACGAUGAUGUUCCUAGUGGUUUUAAAAGUUCUAGCAACGAGUAUAAGUCAGAUAGUCAUACAGUUGUCCCUGUCCCUGAUCAAAGGUUAUUCAGUUCCAACAAAUACGAGUUGAAGUAUGACUGGUUGUAUUAUAGUGGUGCAAAAGUUGGAUAUUGUUGCAAAUUGUGCGAGCUUUUUUCAGCAACAGAUGACAAUGUCUUCAUAAAUGGUACAGGUCUUGGGGAUCAUCCAACCAGAAAAUUAGAAAGUCAUUUAAAUGGGAAGAGCCAUAAGAAUUCACUCGCCAAGUAUGUCUUAGUUAAUACUAGUUCUACUAAGAAAGUGAAAAAAACUGUUGCAGACAUGUUAACUGAAAGUUCUAUGAUUAAGAGGGAAAAUGAUAUUGAGAGAAAUAGAGCUUAUAUUAGUUCAUUAAUAAAAAUAUUGUACUUUAUUGUUUCACAACGUUGGGCUCUAGACAGUUUCCAGCCAAUGCUUGAUUUUAUAGCAGGUUUAGGCCCCACUUCUUUAUCUGAGUACUUGAAUGGAUCUGACAGUGAACAGUCGUCCGUCUUGAAAUAUUCCUCAUCAACAACAGUUACAGACCUUUUAACUGCAACAAGUUAUGUUAUUGAAAACCAAUUACUGGAAAAACUUCGUAAGGCGCCAUACUAUGCCCUAUUGGCCGAUGAAUCAUCGGAUGAGGCUCACAAAGAACAAUUUGCCAUUUUGGUGAGGUUUCCACACGACACAAGGGUAACUGACCAGUUUCUUGGAAUAAUCCAUGUUGAACGCACCGAUGCUGCCUCACUUAUGAAGUCACUUGAAGUUUUUCUGCUUGCAAAAGGGGUAGAGAUAAAAAAGGCCUUAUUUGUGGGGUUUGAUGGAUGUAAUACGAUGAGUGGGGAGAACAAAGGUCUUCAGAGAAGGUUCAGACACCAUGUUCCAUACCAACUCUACCUAAAUUGCCGCAACCACAAACUAGCACUGUGUGUGAAGCACUUGAUGCUGAGCUUUCCGGUCUUACAAGAUGUUGACAGUCUUCUUCUAAGUGUUUGGAAACUGUUCCAUUACAGUCCGCAGAAGUAUGUUAUCUUCAUGGAUGUACAGAAGGCCUAUGGGUUGAAGAACCUUAAGAUGAUACGGGCUGCAGCUACAAGGUGGUUGUCGCAUGGUAGGGCAUGUAGACGUCUUAUUGAACGCUAUGUCCAGGUUCUAGAUGCUCUAGACGAAAUGAUUGACAGGAAGCAUGACCCAGAAAUUGAUGGAUUGAGAAACAUGCUGUGUUCAAAGGGUAUCCUCAGAUAUUCAGUUCUCGAUAUAAUGGAAUUCCCGAUAGAAUAAAUAAUCGCGUGUUUUUUUUCACGAGUUUGACGUCAUUUGACAAGGAAACCUCCAAGUCAACACUGUGUAUUCAGCUGCUUCAAUAAAAACUGUUUUCACGGUAAAAAUGUUCAGGAUAAAGGUAAACUUACUCUUUUAUUUACAAAUCAUCAAUUUUAUACAGUUUUCACUAAUGCUUUUUUCUGUUUUAUACAAUCCUCCAUUUUAAUUUAUCUGCAAGCCUCUGACAGCAGCCGAUGGAUGACGCAAACAAAUCAACAUUAGUUCUAAAAAUAGACCAAGUGAUACGUCACUAGCACCUGUCAAAAAAAUAAAAUACGGAAGCAAAUCAGGGCCAUAGAUCUUAUUAAUUGCAAUAGUUAAAUACAGACUGGACAUAAUCUGUAUUGAAUCUAAG